AUGAUGGAAACUUGGAGGUGCAUGGGAGACGUAAAGAUGCGGAUGUGUCGGUAUUUGGGCGGUACCAACCUUUCUGUCUCAUUGACCGUCAUUGACCGUCACCACCAACGUGCCCGGACCACAUGCGGAGCGAUAUCUGCGCCGUUACAGAAUCGCUGCCUAGAUUAUGAUUAUCAACCUACCGGCUUGCGUCGUACCCGUGAAUUUUCGUACUCAUGGGGGAUGGUUGGUUGGUUUUUUUCGGGUCAGAAGGACAACUGGUUCUGUGUAAUUCAACCUUGGUACCAACAGUGUUUAGAAAUCCAACGUCAAUCCCCAGAACAUAACAAGUCCCAGAUGAUUCUUGCAGUCGAGAAUUCACCAGCCUCGUCCGGUUACAGAGGCGAAUGA